AGUCCGGAGAGGCUGUCUGUCGCAUCCUGAGGGGGAACACACACACACACACACACACACACACACCUUUGUCUGGCUGCACAUCCAGGCAUCCAGCUGCAGGAUUUUCAUGGUUUCACCGGGAUUUCAUCUGUGGAUUACAGUGUGUUUUUGACGUUGAGAAAGCAGCAUCACGGUCACGGUGUUUAUUUACAUCGGUGGAAGUUAUCUGGAGACUUGUGGGGAGGCACUGCGCAGUAACACUGGGUUUCUGUGAAGGUGUGCGUGUCGUUUGCACGGAUGAAUCCGACUGGAAAUGCAUUUGCAGUGUUUUUUAAGUGUUGCCAUCAAAGUUUAAUCUCUUUGUUCUGUCCUGCAGCUUUCUUCACACUGCUAGGCAUGUUCACGUAUAGUGCGUAAUUUGCGUAAAGGUGCUCCAGUGUAAAGUGACAGCUCGUUGUUUAAUCCAGGGCUGCUAUUUAUUUACAUUGAAUACAUACAAUUCCGUCCAUCAUGGGUGAUAUCGGAGGAUUACAUCUCUGCACCUGGAGGAAGGAGUCCAGGAGGAGGACAUACCUGGGAUUAUUGGUGCUGCUUCACCUCGUGGUCCUCUCGGAAGCCUCCUCGGUGUCCAAGUCCUGCGAGAAAAGCUGUUUUUCAGGGAAGUGCAUGAACGGGAGCUGUGUGUGUGAGCACGGCUGGGUCGGAGAUCAGUGCCAACACUGCCAGGGGAGAUUCAAGUUAACGGAGCUGUCAGGCUUGCUCUCAGACGGACCUGUAAACUAUAAAUACAAAACCAAAUGCACGUGGCUGAUAGAAGGAUAUCCUAAUGCAGUGCUCCGGCUGCGCUUCAAUCAUUUUGCCACCGAGUGCAGCUGGGACCACAUGUACGUCUAUGACGGAGACUCGAUCUACGCCCCUCUGAUUGCCGUCUUCAGUGGUUUGGUGGUUCCAGAGAUCAGAGGAAAUGAAUCCGUCCCUGAGGUGGAAACCACGUCCGGAUACGCUCUGCUUCACUUCUUCAGCGACGCAGCGUACAACCUCACCGGCUUCAGCAUCGCUUACUCGAUAAACUCUUGUCCCAACAACUGCUCGGGUCACGGCAGAUGCAGCACGGCGAACUCAGCGUCGGGUCGUGUUUACUGCGAGUGUGAGGAGUAUUGGAAAGGAGAGGCGUGCAACAUCCCGUACUGCAGAGGGAACUGUGGGAGUCCUGGGAGAGGAUACUGUGAUCUGACCGGAGAGAAGCUGUGUGUCUGCAACGACAGCUGGCAAGGUCCAGAUUGCUCUCUGUCCGUUCCCUCCACUGAGGCAUUCUGGGUAAUGCCCAGCGUCAAACCUUCAGCUCAGUCUUUGGGUCGAGCCUCUCAUCAAGCUCUGGUUCACUCAGGACUGAUGUGGGUGGUGGGAGGAUACUCCUUCAACUACUCCAACUACCACAUGGUGCUCAAUUAUAAUUUAGAGAGCAGUACGUGGGAUGUGGUUCCCGUCAGCAGCGGUCCUCUCUACAGAUACGGUCACUCUCUGGUUCUUCACCAGGAUGACAUCUACAUGUUUGGCGGGAAGCUGGAGUCGAAGUCGGCGAACGUGACGGACGAGCUUUGGGUUUUUAACAUCCCGAGGCGUACCUGGUCGCCACAGAAACCGGCCCCGCCCCCUCCCUUCGGGGUGGAAGGUCACAGCGCUCACCUGGUGGAGCUGAGAGACGGAGAACAGGUGAUGCUCGUCUUCUUCGGAUACUCGUCCGUCUACAGCUACGUCAACAAGGUGCAGGAGUACAACAUCCGGUCUAACUCGUGGCAGGUGCUUCCUGUAGAGGGCGCUGUGGUUCAUGGGGGUACCGGCCACAGCAGUGUGUUGGACCCGGUCAGCGGCUGUGUGUUUCUGCACGGAGGGUUCAAGACUCUGAGCAACAACAAGUUCGGCCCGGUGGACCACAUGUACCGGUACCACGUCCGCUCCAGAACCUGGGUGAUCCUGGGGGAGAGCGGUGUGUCUCGGUACCUUCACUCCUCGGUUCUUCUGAGCGGCACCGUUCUGGUUUUCGGAGGAAACACUCACAACGACACCUCGCAGAGCAACGGAGCAAAGUGCUUCUCUGCAGACUUCCUGGCGUACGACAUCGCCUGUGAUGAGUGGAGCGUCCUCCCCAAACCGAAGCUGCACCGAGACGCAAACCGCUUCGGACAUUCAGCCGUGGUCAACAACGGCUCCAUGUACAUCUUCGGAGGUUUUUCCGGCGUCCUUUUGAACGACGUGCUGGCGUUCACCCCCCCCUCCUGCCUGGCCUAUUCUACCCCAGCUUCGUGUGCCUCCGCUGGGCCGGGUCUUCGCUGUGAAUGGGUCAAAAAAAGCACAUGUGUCCCCUGGGAACCAAAAUCACCUGAAAUCGAUUUUCCCGCUCCUUUCUGCCCCGAAAAACCCGAGAGUACAGACGAGCAGUGUUUCCGGUUCUCGGACUGUGCGAGCUGCACCGCUAACACACGAAAGUGCCAGUGGUGUGAAGACAGGAAGUGCCUCUCUGCAGCCAGCAACUGCACCGUGUCGGUGAAGGACUCGUCCAGCUGUAAACGGCGGGAGGAGCAGGAAUGUUUCAGACUGUUGAACUGCAGGAGCUGCUCUCUGAACACUAACUGUCAGUGGGAGCAGCAGCAGCAGGAGUGUCAAGCUCUGCCUGGCCAGCUGUGUGGGGAGGGCUGGCAUCAUGUCGGGGAAGUCUGUCUGAGGAUCAACUCCAGCAGCGAGAGCUACGAUAACGCCCAGCACUACUGCAAAAACCUGGGAGGAAACAUCGCCUCUCUGCUCACAGACAAACAAGUCCAUUUUGUUCUGGAUGAGCUGCAAAAAUACCAGCUGCAAGACAAGACCUUAUCUCCCUGGGUGGGCUUGAGGAAGAUCAACGUGUCGUACUGGGGCUGGGAGGACUCCUCUCCCUUCACUAACACCAGCCUGCGAUGGUUACCUGGAGAACCCAGCGACUCGGGUUUCUGUGCGUACCUGGAGAGGGAGGCGGGGCCUGGCCUGAGAGCCAAUCCCUGCACUGCUCCCACUGACGGACUGAUCUGUGAGAAACCUGCAGGGUCUCCUCAGACUCAGACCUCCCGCCCCUGCAGGACGUCCUGCUUUCUGCGCUCCAGCUGCAGUAACUGCACCAGCCAGACCAUGGAGUGCAUGUGGUGCAGCAGCACACAGCGCUGCAUCGACUCCACCGCCUACACUGUCUCCUUCCCCUACGGACAGUGUCUGGAGUGGCAGACCCAGGACUGUGCAGCCCAGAACUGCUCGGGUGUCUGGACGUGUGCUGAGUGUCUGGAGAGGACAGAGUGUGGGUGGUGUGGAGACCCCAGUAACACAGGGAGGGGGGUCUGCAUGGAGGGGUCGUACAGGGGUCCUCUGAAGCCUGCCGUGCCCAGAGCAGGGCCUCGAGACCGGGAGAGGCUCAGAGACAGAGACAUGGUCCUGGACCAGAGCCUGUGUUCCUCUGACAGAGGGUUCAACUGGGCCUUCAUUCAGUGUCCUGCGUGUCAGUGUAACGGCCACAGCAGGUGUGUGAACGGCAGUGUGUGUGAGCGCUGUGGGAACCUGACGGCCGGCCCUCACUGCCAGAGCUGCAUGCCGGGGUACUACGGAGACCCCACCAACGGGGGGAGGUGCAACGCAUGCAAGUGUAACAGCCAUGCCAACGUCUGCCAUGUCAACACAGGGAAGUGCUUCUGCACCACCAAGGGCAUCAAGGGAGACCAGUGCCAACUAUGUGACUCAGAGAACCGUUACCUUGGAAACCCCCUCCGAGGAACAUGUUAUUACAACCUGUUAAUUGAUUACCAGUUCACCUUCAGUUUGCUUCAGGAAGACGACCGUCACUACACCAGCAUCAACUUCAUGGCUACACCUGAACAGGCAAACAAGAACCUGGACAUGUCCAUCAACGCCUCCAACAACUUUAACCUCAACAUCACCUGGUCCCUAAGCUCAACAGAGCACCGAGACAGUUUCUCCUGUGAGAAGUUCAACUUCAGACUCCACCACAACAUCACCUUCUACGUCUACGUGACCAACUUCAGCUGGCCAAUCAAGAUUCAGAUUGCCUUCUCUCAGCACAACAGCAUCAUGGACCUGGUGCAGUUCUUCGUCACCUUCUUCAGCUGUUUCCUCUCUCUGCUGCUGGUCGCUGCUGUGGUGUGGAAAGUCAAACAGACCUGCUGGGCCUCGAGACGCAGAGAGCAGCUGAUGAGAGAGAGGCAGCAGAUGGCCAGUCGUCCCUUUUCUUCCGUCGCUGUAGCGCUGGAGGUGGGCGGAGAUCGAGAAGAACUGCUACAGGCGGUACCAAAGCCCAUAGCGAUGGAGCCAUGUUGCGGCAGCAAAGCAGGAGUUCUGACGGUUCUGCUGUACCUGCCCCGAGUCCCGUCAGGAACACCUCCACCUGGACAGUCUGGUGUUGCUAUAGCCAGUGCGCUGGUGGACACGUCACAACAGCGCAUGAUGGACUUCAAGGAACGAGGCCUUGGUCUGAAGCACCGCAAACACUUUGUGCACCACCAAGGGACCUGUGUAUGAACCUGAACAACAUCAUAUGGAUAUCACUGAAGUUAUUUUUCAUGGACUGAAGACAAAGGGACGAUCUUGGUUUGAUCUUGGUUAGUAGUAGAAAUUAAUCCACUAUCCAAAGGCACCAAAACUGGGAAAUAUGGCACUUGUUGUUCUCUGGAUGCUUUUCUUGUCCCUUGUGUGUUUGCCAGGAAAACAAGAAGUGGAAGCUGCAGAUUGACAAUGAAAAUGUGUUUCUGCACCACAGCUUUGCUCGGACAUUUUUACUAUGAGUGCUGGCAGGCUUUUCCACUUCCAUGCCAUGUGGCUCUGCAUCUCCAGGGCUCUACUUGUCUGUCAUGCAGUCUGCCAUAUUGACAGAGAAAAACACUUGUUUUGCACCAUUUAACCAAACGUAAUGGCUUGGAGCUCCUGCGAAGGAUAUUGAGCUGAAGUUAACGGAGCUGAAAUGAAGUCCUCCUGACUUACAAACCCACUAGGAAUCAGGAGCAAUGCUGGAAAAAAACAACAUGGAGCUUAUAGAUCAAUGCAACACACUGUAGUGGGGGGUGUUAUGUGGAAAUGAUUUGCUAAAGGGGGGACGUCUCCUCUGGGAAUUUUAAAGAUUACUACUGUUGAGAUGUAGAAUACCAUUGAUGCAACUCUUGAGAUUUUUUCUUUGUAAAAUCGAAGUAAUUCUUGAUUGCAACAUUCAAACAUUUUUAUAUUUCCUCAGGUCCUCUGUAAUGGAAAGGGGUCCAUUUUCUGUAGCUUAUGGGCUACGGUGGCCGACAGGUACAAAGGCGUCACAAAACAUUUCCAUUAGGAGUAACACGCUGCAGUUUCAGAAACGAUGCAAAUAU